GGGAGCUGGCGCCCCUGCGCAAACCCGGCUUCGUGGCAUUGCGGAAACAGCCGUGGAACUGCGCAAACUUCUGGGCCCAAGUCUCGCGUCAUGCUGCCAGUAGCGCUUCUGGAGGCUGCGGCUCGCGUGAGGGCGGCAUGUCCUCGCCUAAGGACAUGCCUCCACGUUGCACAGCUCUCGCAGCGAUAUAAGAAGCCCGGUUGAACCCAGCGUUACAUUUCAAUACAAUUUGCCUUGCCGCUCUACUUAAGCUGUCCUACAUACUCUACAUCGACCCUCCGCGUGCCCAAACGCUCCUGAACGCUUGCAAGGAUGGCAUCGGCGAGUUCAGACUCCGAGCCCCUGCCCGUGCGCCUGCACAUUUAUGACAUCAGCCGUGGCAUUGCUGCCCGGGUGUCGCCAGCUCUGCUGGGCCGUCAGGUUGACGGGCUGUGGCACAGCACGCUGGUGGUGGGCGGGCUGGAGCUGUCGUACGGCCCGCCGCUGAGGCGCUACCCGGCGGGGCAGGGGCCGCUGGGCCGCCCGCAGCGAGUCAUCGACAUGGGUGUGACGCUGCUGUCCUGGCCGCUGCUGGACGACCUGCUGGCCGGUCUCACGCGGCAGCCCGCACCCGCAGCCGCCGGCGGAGGCCCUGACGGCGGCGGCGGUGGCGGCCGCUUCGCCCCCGGCGCCUACCACAUCCUGACCAACAACUGCAACCACUUCACACACGAGCUGGCGGGGGUGCUCACGGGCGGCGGCCUGCCGUCCGACAUCCUGCACCAGGGCGAGCUGUGGCUGCAGAGCCCCCUGCUGGCAGACCUGCUGGCGGCGGGCGCCGGCGGCAGUAGCACCAACACCAACACCAACACCACUGGUGCGGCUGCUGCUGCUGCCGGCCCCAGCACCUCCACGGCCGCGCCAGCCACCGCCUCGCCCAACCCGGCCGCCGCUGCACCCGCCGGCCCUGCUGCUGCGGCUGCACCCGCUGCUGCCGGCCCUGCUGCUCCUGCCGGCCCCGCUGCUGCUGCUGCCGGCCCCGGCAUGACGGCGCUGCUGGACCUGCUGCGCGGCGCCCUGUCGGAGCAGCACGCCGACGCCGCUGCUACUGCUGCUACUGCUGCCGGCGGCUCAGCACCUCUGCCGCAGUGGGCCGGGCUGCGGGCCCUGCUGGACUUGUGGACCGAGGUGGCGGACUGCUUCACGACCGCGGACGGCGGGGCGGGGGCCGGCGAGGCGGCGGCUGCUGCUGAGGCGGGUGGUGCGGCUGCGCCGCCGGCCCCGGCUCCGGGCUAUGCCGCCGCCGCUGCCGCCGGAGCCGCUGCCGGAGCGGCGGCGGCGGGUGCGGCUCCGGGUGCGGCUGGCGGUAACCGCGGCGGCGGACUGGGAGGGCCCUGCCGCGGCCGCAGGUGCUGGCGCAGCGGCGGCGGCCCCGCCGCGGCCGCUGGUGCCGCUGGUGCCGCUGGCUGUGGCAUGCCGCCCUUCGCUCAGUUCGGCCCCUUUGGCGCCUUCGGCCCCUUAGGCCUCCACGGCGGCUUCGGGCCUCGCGGCUUCCCCUUCCGUGCCGCGGGUGGCGGUGGCGGUGGCGGCUGCGCCCGCAGCUGCGGCGCGGCUGCGCCCGCUGCCGCCCCAGCCGGCGGCGGCUGCCCCUGGCUGCGUGACUGCGCCGCCGCCGCCGCCGCCGGCGGCAGUGCUGGCUGUGCCGGCGGCCGUGGCGGCGCGGCCGGCGGCCGCCGCGGCGGCGCCUGCUGCGGCCCCUGGCGGUCUGCGCUGCAGUGGGGCCCGCAUGCCACUGCACGCGGCGGAUGCAGCGGCGGCUUCGGUCGCGGCUUGAACUGCUACUGCCAGCCGCAGCAGCAGCAGCAGCAGCAGCACCCGCUGCUGGGUGGCGACUUCGGUCUUGGCCUGGGCCUAGGCCUGGGGCUGGGGCUGGGCCUGGGCGGAGCCGGCGUGGCUGCGGACCUGCAAGCUGCCCUGAAGGCGGCGGCCGCGGCUUCGGCGGUGGCGGCGCAGCCGCAGCCGCAGCACCAGGCGGCCGCGGCAGAGGGUGCGGCGGCGGCGGCCGCGGGUGCGGCGGGCGCGGGCGCGGAGGCCAGGGCAGGCGCCGCUGCUUCCUGCGGUGCCGGUGGCGGGCUGGCGGAGGCGAUGCAGCAGCUCCUGGGCCUGGGCCUGGGCCUGGAUGAGGAGGCGCUGCAGGCGGUGCGGGUGGCCAUGGAGGUGGACGAGGCAGGGCAGGAGAAGGAGGAGGAGGCAGUGGAGGAGGCGGGCCUGGCGGAGGUGCUGCUGCCGCUGCUGGCGUCGGGGCUGCUGUUCCGCGGCGGCCCUCUGGGCGCCUUCGGCGGCGGCGCGCUGCCGAUUCACUUGGCGCGCUUUGGCGCCGCCCCGCGCGGCUGCGGCGGCGGCGGCGGUGCGUACAGCAGUGGUGGCGGCUGCUGCCCGCGCCGCGCCGGCCCCCCCGGUGGCGCCGCCGCCGCCGCGGGGCCCUCUGCCGCCGCCCCCGAGCCUGCGGCCGCCGCCGCUGCUGCGCCGGCGGCUGCCGGUGCUGCCGCGCCUCCGGCUGCUGUUGCGCCUGUCGGCGACGGCAACGGCGCCACGGCGGCCGCGGCGGAGCACCCGGCCUCGCCUCCCUCGGGCGACGGAGGCAGCGGCGGCUGGAUGGAGGUGGAGGUGGAGGUGGGGGCGGGUGCGGGCGAGGACGAUGACGGGGUGGUGACGGCGGUGGACCCGCGCCAGAAGCAGGAGUAAGCAGUAAGGAGGGAGGUAGGAGGUAGGAGGAGGUGACGAGGGAGGAGGAAGCGGUGGGCGUAGCAGGACCGCCCGGAAUGCCACUGGGAAGCUACAGUGGCUGGGUUGAGGGCAAAUGAGACGGAUGGACAGCAGAUGGACACGCAUACAAGUGUGUGCAGUGUACGGGGAGAGGGGGUCACACUGUGUGGCCGGGUUUGUGCGGCGGCGGCGCGCUGCCCCGCACUGAGGCUUGGUCUCUCGUGAUGCGUGCGGGGCGCGUGCCGGCGCGGGAAGUUGUUGGGGUGUUGGCUUCGGCAGCCCGGCGCUUACUCGCUGGCGCCGUGUACAUUAAAUAAAGUACUGCCGUUGUUGGCGACAUGUGAAGCCGUGCCGCUUGCCUCCGUGUGCCCGAGCGGACGUACGUAAAUGUCAAAAGUGCCGCUGCUUUGUGGUGCGGUGUGCUGCUGCUGUGUGCUGCGGCGUGAGCGGCGGAUUGCUGGCAUCAUGGGGGAUCAUCAGUUUACGAGACGCUGCUUUGCAGGGCAGCCGUUCUGAGUGUACUGUACUUAUGUGUGUGGUUGGGAUUGGCCUAGAAUCCUAGAGCGAGGCGGUGCUUGCUGACCCCCAGCGGCACUUCUACUAGUACUGUGUAAUGACUCCAUUGC